CUUUAUUUUUUUUUUUUUAUAAUUCUUAAUUCCUUUAAUAUUUUCUUUUUAUAUGAAAUAAAUGAGUUCUACUAUUGAUACCACCAGUCAACAGUAUUGGCACUCAUCCAAUGAAGAUUAUAUAUCACGAGAUCAACCAUCCAUCAUUACAACGAAUGAAGAAUAUAAAGAAGAACAAGUAGAUGAAGAUGAAAUGAUAUUAGAAGAAGAAGGGUCUUCAUCCAUGUCAUCAUCACCUAGUAUUCCUGACGAAAAUAUCAAUUUUGAUUUGGUAUACGCAUUACAUACUUUUACUGCUACUGUCGAAGGUCAAGCUUCUGUAGUCAAGGGGGAUGCCUUGAUUUUGAUGGAAGAUACUAAUAUUUAUUGGUGGCUCGUGGAGGUUCUUAAAACACGUGAAAUUGGUUAUAUUCCAGCAGAAAAUAUUGAGACACCUUAUGAACGAUUGGCUAGAUUGAAUAAACAUCGUAAUGUUGAAAUCACUUCUCCUUCUUCUGAUACUACCCUCACUACUUUAGUCUCAUCGGAAUUCACCGCUUUCACAGCUUCCUCUGCCAAAAAGGUCACUAUAGCUUCAAACGAUGACUUGGAAAAAAUCAACUUUUAUGAAGUAGAAUCUGAUUUGGAAAUGGAUGACGAAUGUCCUUGGAAAAGAGAUUCCUCUUCACUGUCAUUAUCAAGUGAUGCUAGUGGGUCCAAACAGCAUUCUCAUAAUUGUGAAACUCAUAGUUUACGUGUCUUCGCUGGAAAUAUUGGUCAAGGUCCAUUGUUUCAUUCUUUCGAUAUUAUGGCAACUACCACGACUGAUGAUUUGUUGAAAGAGGUGAUCAAACGGUUCAACAUUAUGGAUACUGUGACUGAAGAUCAAGAAAGUACUAUUGAAUAUUAUAUUGCUGUUCAAGGAGCUGAUGGUGACGACUAUAUUCUGGCUUCUCAAGAUAAACCAUUCUCUAUCUUCAAGACAUUGACUGCCUCGUUAACAACACCUAUGCCCGCUGUAUCACAGAACAUUUUUCGAAAACCACAAGAAGGAAACGGGACCACACGAAGAAAACGAUCAAGUAGUUUUGGAAAUCAUGAACAAACAUCUUAUGAAGAGGAUUCUGUUAUUCGGUUUUAUGUACAUCGUCGUAUCAAACGAGCUCAUGAACGACAAGGUCUCGUUUAUAUUAAGGUGUCUCUCUAUCCUGAUGAAGCAUCUUCUGAUUCAACUGUCCCUCUUUUUGAUCAACAACAACAACAAAAUGGCUCAUCAACGUUUUUCUUCAAGAAUAAGAAAAAGAAAAUGUCCACUACAGCAAUCAAGACAGAGAUUGAUCGAAUUGACAAGAUCUUACCUGUAUCCUAUGACUCCUCGGUUGGUACUGUCAUCAACACUGCUCUUGAAAAAUUCCAUGUUCCUGAUGCUGAAGCGGAUGGUAUGCAAUCCAUGCAAGAUUUAAAGGCUCAUCCAUUAGAUGCUCCCUCUCCUUCUCAACAUAAAACGACAAAAUAUGUAAUGUCGGUACGAAAUGGAAGUGGUCAAGAAACUCCUUUGUAUGCUACUGAUAUUAUGGCCAAUGUUUUACAUGAUCAUCGACAACAAACAUCAGAACAUAUUAGCAGUGAUUUACUUUUUAUUCUACGACAAUGUGACUCAUCUGGACGAAAAGCAAGAUAUCAACCACCCCCACCACUCUCCAGUCUCAAUAGAUAUGAUCGAAAAGGUAGUUAUUCCUCUAUUGGAGGAGCGGCUGGUAAUGGAUUACCUGAAGAAAGACGACCUAGUAUCCUCGACAUUCUAAUGGAUUCUCCUCCUCGAUCCGCAGAUGAUCGGCGCCCAAGUUAUAAAGGUAGUCCAUUGGCUUCUCCACAUAGUUUCAAUGGAGAUCGACGACGUUCCAAUCAUAGCUUACUACAACAACAGCAUCAAGAACGAUCCAACUCUCUGGUACCUUCUAUCACUGAUUCACAUGGUCUUACACCUCCUACACCAUCAUUCUCUCGAUCUCGCCAAUCCUCUUGUUCAGUAGCAUCUGUCAACCCAUCAUCGUGUGAUCAAUCAGUAGAUGGAUUAGAUUCUUCUUCUCAUGUUCUUCUUUCUAGUCAAAGUCAAGACAAUCUUAGUAGUUCAUCUUCCGAUAAUAUGAAAAAACGAAAAGAAGGGUCGUCUUUGAAGCAACAGUUGAAACGAUUAGUGGGUUGGGGAUCUUCAAAUUCAUCAAAACAGAAAAAGGUACACGAUUUGACAAUUUCAACCUCUCCAUCUUCUUCACCAUCUGUCAAAUCCAAUCCUCAAUCUACUCAUCCAACUGUGGGAUGCCAUUCUGCAUUUGUGUCUACUGGCUCCAACUUUUCCUUCAAGGCAGAAGGUUUACAAUCCAAUAUCAGUACAACAUCAGCACCAGCAGCUUCUACAGCAUUACCGUCUUCACCACCUCCUCCACAACAACAACAACAAUCACCUAUAUCUUGGUAUAGUAAUAACAGCAAUAGUGCUUUACCUUUGUCACCUCUUCCUCCUCCUCCUCUUUCGGCAUCCACUACAACACCAUUAGAACAAUGGCAGCAUGUAGAUUCUGUGAUGAUGGUACAUGAUGCUUCUUAUCCCAGUAUGAAUGGUCAACAACAGCAACAACAACAACAACAAGAUGAACCUGCUUCCAAUAAUUUACUUCCUCCUACCGUACCAUUUAAAUCAAACAAUGACAGUCAAAUAUCUUCUAUCUCAACAGGCACAACAACCACUAGUAGUCAUACGGAAUCGAUUUCUAGAUUAUCUCUUUCUGAUGUACGACCCGAAACUACUUCUCAGCAAGUGGACGACGACCUUACCAGUACAAGUAGUGAAGAGGAUGAAGAUAUACAAAGAAAUGAUGAUGUUAGUGAUGAUACCGAUGAUUCAGACGAUCAACCAGAUGAUGGUACUUCUCUUGACAAUAAUAGUUAUAGACCUGUAGAAAAGACAUUGAUGGAAGAUAGUGCUAUGUCAUUAUUUGCAGCAUCACAACAACCACAACCACAACAACAACAACAACAACAACAACAACAACAACAACAACAACAACAAGAACAAGAUGAUGAUUUUGAUAGUGAUCUUUUCUAUCUGGUGACACAAGGUGUGGAUUAUCUCAAAACACGAGAAUGCACUAAAUGGGAAGAUGAUCAAAAUGGAUAUCAAUAUCAUCCUUGGAAUCGACCACAACCUGGAAGUACAAUAAACAAUGAUACAAAGAUCUCAACACCACCACCAUGCACAACUCCAAAAGAAGAAGAAGAAGAUGAUGAAGAAGAAAAGGAAGAAAAAGAAGAAGAAGAUAGUACUGAAGUGACAGAAGCACCUAUGGUAGAAUCAUAUACUGACAAGGCCAUGGUCUCACCUCCUUUAUCACCUGCCAAUAUUCAAGUGAAUCGAUCUUUCUCUAAUAAAUCAAAUUUCUCUUCUUCAUCAGUAAAGAAGGAAUCUGUUGUAGAUGACGAGGAAUUGAAAUGGAUUGUUAAUUCUCAUAUUUUAUUUUGAAAUUCAUUAUACACUCACUCACUCAGAGAAUAUAUACUAUACAUAGAUAGGAAAAUCAUGUUGUACCAUCCUUCUUAUUCCCUCACUUAUACAUAAUCAAUGAUUCAUCAGUCACUUUAUUAUUUUUUAUUCAAUUCAACCCAAUAAAAAUAUUUGUCUAUAUUAUUUUAUUUUAUUUUUUAUCUUUUUCGAUCAAGAGGACAUUCUAUUUGAUGGAAG